ACACAAAAAUUCACAACAUUUUUAUUUUUCUUCUUUCAUUCCUUCCUUGCACAACCCUCGCUUCUCGCACAGAGAAGACAACAUCGAUUCCUAUAUCUCCUCCCUCACAAUCGGUGGCUGUUAUUUUCCAUUGUUGCCCUUGCAAGCAGAGAAAAAAUGGCAAAUGCAGCAUCAGGUAUGGCCGUCCAUGAUGACUGCAAGUUAAAGUUUUUGGAGCUCAAGACGAAAAGGACACAUCGGUUUAUCAUUUAUAAAAUUGAGGAGGAGCAGAAGCAAGUUGUUGUGGAGAAGUUGGGUGAGCCAGCUAAUGGUUAUGAAGACUUCACCGCCAGUCUUCCUGCUGAUGAGUGUCGAUAUGCUGUUUAUGAUUUUGAUUUUGUCACUGCUGAGAAUGUCCAGAAAAGCAGAAUUUUCUUCAUUGCUUGGUCCCCUGAUACAUCUAGGGUUAGGAGCAAGAUGAUUUAUGCCAGCUCCAAAGAUAGAUUCAAGAGGGAGCUUGAUGGAAUUCAAGUUGAGUUGCAAGCAACUGAUCCUACUGAGAUGGGUCUUGAUGUGUUCAAAAGCCGUGCCAAUUAAACAACUGUGAUUAUGAAUAGUAGGAGUCGUGAUGGGGAGCUCCCUUCAGCCUUAGUUACUCAAAUGGAAAUGUCUAGUUUGUGGAACGGUCGACUUGGCUAAUUCUGGACUCAAUUUUCCAAGUUUUGACAUGAAGUAUUCUGCUCCUUCAACAUGCUUCUCUUGUUCCAGUGUACCUUGUGGUUUGUGACUUAUACAAUCUGUGUUUGAGUGUCAUUAUAGUCCUGUGCUUUCUAGUUAAUUUUUUAACUGUCUUUUGUGUGAUCGGACAAAAAUUUGGGAUCAGCUAUUGUUGUAAUAUUGACACUUGCCAUUUUACUAAUACCUUAAGACUUCAAUUGGCUGAAAUACUUUCUUGAAGAAUGGUUUGUUAAAACCUAUUAUGAAC